AUGCUAGGACGACAGCAAGCCACUCUGAUCGAGGCCGUCCAUAUCCUUCAUCACCGUCUCAGGACAGGGGAGGCAACGGACGACCUUGGCGCUCAGUUCAUGAAAGAGGACUCGAGUGUCAAUGAUAUCCUGCAUCAUCUUGGGCUGACACCUCUCGAGGUUUAUGAGGCCGACCCUGAACACGGCGAAACCGGUCCACAGUCGACGGUUUCACCGGUCAGCUCCCCUACAACCACUCCUGCCAGUGCUGAGGACAGAAUCACACAGUCUCAGCUGGAAUGGGGGGACUACCAGGUCCCAUUGGAAACUCCUGACAAAGCGGCUUUUGUUGAGACUCCUGCUAUGCGGUCGCAGGACCAGCCUUUCAGUGGUGUUGAGCCCCUGACCACGGAUGAUCCUUUCUCCUAUGAUUUGUGGGGGAAUGACAGCGGGCUGGAGGCACAGAGCUUCCUUGUUCCCUCGCCAUCGCCUCAGGACGCUUUUUCAGAAGCACAGUCUGAUUGGAAUUUUUCAGAGUCGUGCCCUCUUUCCUACCUUGCGCCUGCCGGGAAGUCAGGGCCUCACCAGAACGUUAGACUUGUAUUUUAG